AUGGCUUUCUUCUUUGCCUGCCUGCUUGCUCUCCUCCCUGUGGUUUCUAUGAAGAGUCCAAUAUUUGGCCCUAAAGAGGUGAUUGGGGCACAAGGCGGGUCUGUCUCCAUCCAGUGCUUCUAUCCACCGACUUCAGUCAAUAAGCAUGACCGCAAAUAUUUCUGUCUUCGGAAUUCAAGGGGCUCCUGUGAAACCAUAGUCUCCUCAAAUGGUUUUGUCUCGGAGAGAUUUACUGGGAGAGCUAAUCUCACCAAUUUCCCAAUGAACGGCACCUUUUUAAUACAGAUUUCACAACUGGUACCGGAGGACUCUGGACUCUACAAGUGUGGUGUGGGCAUAAGUAGUCGGGGUUUGUCCUUUGACAUCACCUUGGAGGUGGGGCAGGGUCCUGAUCUCCCUGACAACACUGAGGUCAUUGUCACGGAAGUAGGUAAAACAGUGUCCAUCAACUGCCCUUUCCAGCAACAGAACUUACAGGACAAGAAAUUCUUAUGCAAGAAGGAUGGUGAGAACUGUGAACUGGUCAUUGAUUCCCAGAACCAAGUGGGCCCUGACUACACAGGAAGAGUCCGCUUUAGGAUCGGUGGCACUACCAGUAAAGUCUUCGUGGUCAUCAUCAGUGAGAUCCAGAGACGAGAUGUUGGGAUGUAUAUCUGUGGGGUCGGGGAAGACAGUACCACUGGGAUCCAGAAGAUUUUUGUCAUACAAUUGCUGAAGCUUGAACCCGAACUGUUUUAUGCUGAGCAAAGGGGGUCAGUGAUCUUGAGUUGUGCCCUGGGAAGCACGGUGGCCAACUUGCCCAAGUUUCUAUGCCGGGUGAGGGCAGAUGAGACCUGCGACUUGGUCCUCAACAGCAAGGGAUUUAUAAAUGAUGCCACUCAUGGAAGGAUCCUAUUCAACCCUACAGAGGAGCCUGGAUCUUUUACCAUCAUGCUCACUCAAGUGAGAAAAGAGGAUGCAGGUCUUUACCACUGUGGUGCUCAGAAAAAUGGUCAGCCAUCUGAAGAUGCUCUACAGGUCCGAGCUCUACAGCUCUUUGUCUCUGAAGAGACCACUGUCCCCCAGAGCCCUCUGGUGGUGAAAGGCCCAUCUGGGGGCUCCGUGUCAGUAACCUGCCACUACAACCCCAAAGAGAACGUCACUCUGAAGUACUGGUGCAAAUGGAAGGACAGCAGCCGCUGCACUAAGCUCGUAGACAGUUCAGGGAUGGUGAAUGAGACCUAUGAGGGAAGAGUGGCUCUGUUUGACCAUCCAGAAAGUGGUACCUUCACUGUUUUACUCAACCAGCUGACCCCUAAAGAUGCAGGCCACUACUGGUGUCUCAGCAAUGGAGAGCACAACAGGAAAUCUACUGUGAAGAUUGAAAUCACUGAAGAUCAGCCACUCUUAAUAGCACCACAGAACAUCACUGCCCAGCUGGGGCAGACCCUUAACAUCUCCUGUCACUUCCCCUGCAAGUUUUAUUCUUAUGAGAAAUACUGGUGCAGAUGGAACAACCAUGGGUGUGAGACCCUGCCCACCCAGGAUGGGGGUAAUAGCUUGGCCUUUGUGGACUGCAAUCAAAAUAGCAAGAUUGUUUCUCUUACCCUGAGCUCUGUCAAGAGAGAGCAUGAAGGCUGGUACUGGUGUGGGGUGAAGCAGGGCCAGCGCUAUGGACAGACAACGGCAGUCUAUGUGUCCGUGGAAGAGGAACUUUCAGGCAAGAAUGCUGUCCAGCCUGCCAAUUCUGUGCUAAACAAAGAUGCUCGUUCCCGUGGGGAUGCUGUGAAGCCUGAUGUCAGAAGCAAAGGAAGUGAAGUUGUUCCAGAUCCAGAGAGCCCCAAGGAACACAGUGGAGGUUCCAAAGUUUUGGUCUCCACCCUGGUGCCUGUGGCUCUGGUGUUAGUCGUGGGUGCGUUGGCACUAGGAGUAGUCAAAGCUCGACAGCGGAGGUUCAGUGAUCGAAUUUCUGUUGGAAGCUACAGAACUGACAUCAGUAUGUCCGAGUUAGAGAAUCCCAGGAAGUUUGGAGCCAAUGACAACAUGGGAGCCUCUUCUGCUCAGGAGACUACUCUAGGAGGGGAAGAUGAAUUCAUCACUCCCACUGAGAACCCUGAGGAGAUCCAAGAACCUAAGCAAGUCAAAAGGUCUUCCAAGGAAGAGGCAGAUAUGGCCUACACCGCCUUCCUGCUGCAGUCUAACAACAUGGCCAACGAAAUUCCCUUGGAUGGCCCCAUUGAUGCUUAACAGAUCCCUCGGUCUGCAUCCUGCCUCUUUCUCUGGCUCAAUCAUCUCCAUCAUCUCUAGGAUCAUGUCUUCGCUGAGCCUAUCAGUAAUCCAGCACUCUCUCUGCUCCACAUGGUGUGCACAUCUGCCCUCCUCAAUUUCCCUUGACCUGAUCUGUUCCCUACUCAUGGUUUAUGGCUUAAUGUCCCUCCUCACCUUUUUGUUCUGAGAAGGUAGAGAAUCUAGCACUUCAUCAGCUUCAUUUCCAUCAAGUUCCCUCCAAGACAGUGUAAGGAAGGGAGGAAGUAAGACCUUGAAGGAAUUGCUCUGCUUUGAGAGGGACUGGGAGUCAACCCAUUUCUCUGUACCGCUCUUCUGAAAAAGUCAACGGGAUCCAAGAUCAUCCAGUCACCCCAGCAUUCCAUGCUCAUCUCUCCGGUGGAAACUUCAAUCUAUUCCUUAGAAGGAGGUUGCUAGUCACAUGUUAAACCUUAACACCUUACUGGGCACCUCUAGCCAUUUCAGGUUUCUGUUGUGAUUCAGAGAAAUCUUGAAUAUUAAUGCUAGAAAGGAACUCAGAGAUAGGGCAGCCCACCCCCACCACAUUUUACAGAAAAGGAAACUGAGGUCCAGUGAAGAGAAAUUGCUUUCCUAAGGAACACAAAACUAGUGAAUGGCAGAACUGGAACCAGUUUUUCCCCCCAUUAUAACAUUACUGAAAAGGAUGAUGGGAGGUAGACAGAAAGUGGGGAAGGAGAAAGUGAAAUCAGAGGCAAUGGAAAUGCUAUGGGGCUUUCCAGCAGGAUCCUAUCUCCCCUGGAAGUGGGACAAAGGGAAGAAUAAGCACACAUCACUAGUGCUACAGGUUAACCAGGUUGGAAAGGGUCAUUGAUUCCUUUGGGGAAGAGGAUGAUUUUCAAUAAAUGGCUCUGGGGCUUUUCUUUGAGCUCUGUCACCCAAGGCAGCAUCCUUGGGGAGCAAGUUGAUACUUCACUAACUCAAGUCACUGAUUGAUUAAAUGCUGUGAUUGUCAUUGUUCGGAUUGCA